AUGGACCCACAGAACUACAUCGGCUCCAGUUUGCGCAUCAAAACCGUUGAUGGAAGACUGCUUGAUGGCGUGCUCACAGUGAUCGAUCCCUUUGGCAAUUUGCUACUUUCCAAUGUGAAAGAAACCUCUCAAGACAGGCUCAAUACGUCGAAACUUCGGGAACGAGAGUUGGGACUAGUGAGUGUUCCUCGGGACAGGAUUAUCUCCGUGAUGCAAGACAAGAAGCAGGUGACUGUUUGA